AAAAAAGAAAAAAAAAAAAGUUCCCCUAACAUGCAUGCUCUUUUUCCUGUACCUGUAUCAAAUAUCGACUUGAACGUCUUCCCCACCACCGUCAACCCCGCACUGGGCGAAUAGUUUUCUGCGACCUUGGCAAAAGAUUCCCAUCAUCCUACCCGUCUCCAUUGUUAGCUGCGUCACAUCAAAAACACACCAUAAAUAAUGGCAACAAUAAAAGCAUCAGUCCUUCACGGGCCAAAAGAUCUGCGCAUUGAAGAGCGCACGAUCCCGGCGCCGGCCGCGGGCGAGGUGCAGGUCUCGAUCCGGGCGACUGGAAUCUGCGGCUCUGACAUGCACUACUACGUGCACGGGGCCAACGGCGACUUUAAAGUGCGCGAGCCGUUGUCUCUGGGCCACGAGUCGGCCGGCAUCGUCGAGGCCGUUGGUCCCGACGUCACGGACCUCAAGGUCGGCGACCGCGUGGCCGUCGAGGUCGGCAUCGCAUGCGACGACUGCAGCCUCUGCAGAUCCGGGAGGUACAACCUCUGCAAGGGCAUGAAGUUCCGGUCUAGCGCAAAGAUCUUCCCCCACUUCCAGGGCACGCUGCAGGACCGCAUCAACCACCCCGCCCGUCUGACCUACAAGCUCCCCGACUCGGCCUCCCUGGCCGAGGGAGCCCUGCUGGAGCCGCUGGGCGUCGCCAUCCACGGGGUCAGGCGCGCCGGCGAGCAAAAGGACAAGACGGCGCUGGUCAUCGGCGCCGGAGCCGUCGGUCUGCUGACGGCCGCGGUGCUGCGCGUGGAAGGCAUCAAAUCCAUCGCCAUCGCGGAUAUCGUGCCCGAGCGCGUGCAGUUUGCCGUCGCCAACGGCUUCGCCGACAAGGCGGUCGUGGUCCCGAGCAAGCGCCUGCCUCCGACGGCCACCGCCGACGAGAAGCUUGCCCUGGCGCGCGAGACGGCCACGCUGCUGAGCGGAGAGGGCAACGGCGGAGAGGAGUACGACACUACCUUUGAGUGCACGGGCGUCGAGUCGUGCGUGCAGGCGGCCAUCUACGCCACCGGGCCCGGCGGCCGCGUCAUGAUGAUCGGCAUGGGCACGCCCGUGCAGACGGUGCCGAUGGGUGCGGCGGCCCUGCGUGAAGUUGAUUUGCUGGGCGUGUUUCGGUACGCGAAUGCCUACCCGCGCGGCAUCGAGCUUUUGGCGGGCAGGGGAAGCAACGGCAUGCCGGAUAUCGGACUGUUGGCUACGCAAAACGUCAAGGGGUUGGAGAGGGCGGAGGAUGCUUUUGCCAUUGCGGCAAAGCCGGUAGAUGCGGAUGGAAAGCUGGUGUUGAAGGUGAUUAUCGAGACUUGAUUGUCUGGAGUAGAUCAGGGUAGAUAAAAAUAAUUGGUUGAU